GCGGCGGUGGCGGCCGGCAUGGGCGAUGGGGGCGCCGAGCGCGACCGCGGCCCCGCACGCCGGGAGUCGCGCGGCGGGCGGGGCGGGGACCGCGGCGGAGCGGAGGACUCGAGCGCUGAUGCCGGCGGCCGCAGCCCGAGGGAUAUUGCCGGGACAUCCGCCUCCAGCCCCGCGGGCUCCAAGGAGAGCAGCGCCGACAGCGACGGGCAGCCCGGGCUCGGCGAGGCAGACCACUGCCGCCGCAUCCUGGUACGAGACGCCAAAGGGACCAUCCGAGAAAUUGUCCUGCCCAAAGGCUUGGACCUGGACAGGCCCAAGCGUACACGCACCUCCUUCACAGCGGAGCAGCUGUACCGCCUGGAGAUGGAGUUCCAGCGCUGCCAGUAUGUGGUGGGCCGUGAGCGCACCGAGCUGGCCCGCCAGCUGAACCUCUCGGAGACCCAGGUGAAGGUCUGGUUCCAGAACCGCCGUACCAAGCAGAAGAAAGACCAGAGCAGAGACCUGGAGAAGCGGGCGUCCUCUUCAGCCUCUGAGGCCUUUGCCACUUCCAACAUCCUGCGGCUGCUGGAACAGGGCCGGCUGCUGUCCGUGCCCAGGGCCCCCAGCCUCCUGGCGCUGACCCCCGGCCUGCCUGGCCUGCCUGCCGGCCACAGAAGCACCUCCUUGGGUGGCCCCAGGAACUCCUCCCCACGCCUCAACCCUCUGACUUCGGCCCCGGCGUCCCCCCCACUGCCGCCCCCUCUGCCAGCCCUCUGCUUUUCCACUGCCCCGCUCCUGGACCUGCCUGCAGGCUACGAACUGGGCUCCUCGGCCUUUGAGCCCUACAGCCGGCCAGAGCGAGGAGUAGGCAGCCCGGUUGGCGGCAAGAAAACUAAUGCUUAAGCCUCCACCCCUGUGUGACACCGAGUCCCCAGCACAGCCCCGCCCCCACCUCCUGUGCCCCAGCGGACUGCCCUGAGCAGGCCCCCAGAGGAGGGGUGGCAGCCACACACCCUGCCCCACCCGCCCCCCGGCUCAGAGACUCGAUCAGACGACAGCCUUGGUCCCACGAUGUGUGUGUGAGUGC